AUGUCUACUCUCAAAUGGUAUCUGGAGCAGCGCAAGGGCAAUGAUGAGGAUUUCGAGAAGAACAUGAAGAAGCACGCCUGCCCUGUGCUUUACUACGCCGUUGAACGAAACUCAGCCGAGGCCGUUGGGAUACUCUUGGAACACGGAGCCGAUCCGGAGGACUAUCACUUAUGCUUCCCGAUCCCACUGCUUGCAUUUGCCAUCAUUCAGGGUAGAAGGGCGAUAGUGAACACAACCGGUGUGGUCAAGCAGCUGCUAGCCUACAACGCUAGUCCGAAGGUUAUCCCCCAGGAUAUGUGGAUUCGCUACUUGGAUGCGCCCAAGGGGAAGGGUCCCAUCUACCGGAGUGGACCAACUUCUUGGUGCGACGAGAACGCCCGAGCAGAGCUUGCGCCCGCUUUGCAUUUGACCCACCGAUACUCGUUGUAUCGGGCGAGCAUGCUGAAGAAACCCAAAGCCAGGGAGAUCCAGGUCGCUGCGGCGAACAAGAUGCUCAACAUGUUGAAGAUCCCAUACUUCUUGAUCGGACAAUUGCCUCCUGCGGAGUUGGUCAUGACGCGACUGUUCAGCCACAUCGCGGAUCGGAAUGAAAACCCCUUGGUUAUGGCUUUCGCCGGUGCCUCGGGUCAUGGGAAGACUGAGCUGGCUAUCCAAAUGGGAAACUUGUUGUCUGUGAAGCAUAUUGUGAUCGACUGCGCACAGCUGCGCGACAGAAUGGAUCUCUUAGGCGCCUCCCAUGGGUAUUUCCGAAACGACGAAGGCUCGGAGCUAAAUAACUUCAUUGCGGAAAACAAUGGGAAGCGGGCUGUUGUUUUCCUGGAUGAAUUCGACAAAACGGAGCAGGUGGUUCGUGAUUCGCUCCUAGAAGCCACAGACAAAGGUGUGUAUAACGAUCGACGAACCAACCGCAAUAUCGAUUGUUCGAAGUUCAUCUGGAUAUUAGCAACGAACUACGGCGACGUGAUUAUCCAAAAAUUCUACGAAAACGAAGUGUGUCGACUGAGCGACAAGGAGCGAGAGGCCAUUAACUUGGAGCGCCUGCAAGAUAAACUGAAGGAUGCGUUCAUGCAAAAGUUUGGGGCACCCUUUACAGGCCGGACUCGCCUUAUAGUCCCGUUCCUGCCAUUCUCACAUUCGGAAACCGCCGUUGUCCUGCACAAAUUCAUUCUCGAAAAGGAGGAUCACGUCCGGCAGCCUAUAGACCUUCGCGAUGAUGUUAAACGAUACAUCGGCCACGUACAUCUUGACUUGCUCGAAGAUGGGAAAUUCUGUGCAAAGAUGGCCAAUAAGCACUACAAUGAAGAGCUGGGAGCCAGAAGCUUGCUGGAAGCGCUGGACACGAUCCAGGACAAGUUGGUAAAGGAGUACCAUGACACUGACGAGCUAGUGUCAGAGGAAACGAACAAGGGCCCAUUGCAAAGAUACAUAGUGCGACUCGUUCCAGACACUAACGGGGGAUAUGAUGUGGGCGUGUAUAAGGAUCAGGAGGCCGAUUGA